AUCCAACGUAUAACCAAUCCCCAAACGGUGCUGGACUCAGGAGAGAACUGUGAAAGCCGACGGCCUCCCCCAGCAGUGCCUGGCCAGCUUGUAGGGCUCCAACAAAGUUGUCUGCCAAAUCCAGCCGCAGGAAGAUGCUAAGCAGGGCUGGGCUGCACCACUCACAGGGGCAGACAGACUAAAGGCAGGCUAAAGAUAGUCUUAAGACGAGGCCCCUUCUCUCCUUCUUUCUUGUCAAUGGAACAUGAAAAAUUGACAUAAAUGGGGAAGCCAGUUGGGUUAUGUGGACUUCCUCUCUCCCAUGCGCAAUGCUUCUCCCAUAGAUCUCGUCAAACUGGGUCAGCUUUGUUUUCUGACUCCCCUGUAGCUCAGGAAGGUAAAGCAACGAACAGAUUUCCUGAUUCACCCUCUUGGGUGUGAGAAACAGGGACUGGAGAAGGAAUGAGCCCAGAAAGGCUCCAAGUGUAACCCUCUUUCUAAAUCUCACAUCCCCCUCAUGGUGGAGUUAGGGCAGGUAGACAAUCAAAAUUCAAAGGAAUAAUGUUGCUCAGGAGAUGGAAGAAAGGAGGGAGCUCCAAUGGGUGGAUCUUUGGGGAAGUUUAUCCAAGAUAAGGGCUGCUGCUCUGUCUCUAACCUCACAUCUCAGUUCUCCUUGGAAGGAAACUGGUACAAGCGUGGUACUGUGGCUCCAACCAGGAUCCCGGCCACCCCACCCCCAUCCUUUCUCUAAGGAGGGAAUCUGGCCUUACACUAGUGACUCGGUAGUCUUGCCCUUAACCCUCCCAACCCCAGUGUGGCCGGUAUCCCACCUUCUGUUCCAGCCCCGCCAAUCCCCGUACCUCCACCCUCCGGUUUCUCUCCCCCUCCCUUUAGGCUCACCUAAAACAGCCCCUCCCUCCCCCAGUUUCCACGGAUGCCUUGGCAAUGCAUGGCACAGUCCUUGGCAAGGAGGCGAGCAAGGGAACCCCCCCCCCCCCCAGUCCUGGCCAGACUAGGAUGGAAUCUAAUCGCGCAACAGGUGUGGGGCGGUCGGACCCAAAACCCCAGUUGCAUGGGUUGGCGACGUGGCCCUUUGCUCCAGGGUCCCAGCACGGGGGGCCGGGGAGGGGGGGAGGAGCCCGAGCACCUGCUGGGGUAGGGGCUACUUUCACGCAUUGGCUUGAGCUCGCCAAACCCAUUCCUCCCCAGUACCACUGCAGAGGUUUCUUUCGGAGUCUCUGGGCCGCCAGGGCCUAGACACGCGGCCCUCUCACCUGGGGCCCCUCCCCCUUCUGCCGCUUGUCCCCAGCCCCCGCCCCGCCUCUCCGAUCUCCCCCAGUAUCUCCAAUUUCCUGUCUCCCCCUUUCCUCUCUCUCUGCCUCGAUCCCUCCUUUCUCUGUCUCCGGCCUCUAAGCCACCUGCGCCCUCGGCUUUCACGGCUUGGGUCCCAUCUCCGCGCCCCCUCCCCUCCCCCGCUCCAGCCCUUUGUUCCCCGGCGGAGUAUUUCCUGGGUUGCUGAGCGUCUCUGUCUCCGCAUCUCUCCUCGCCCCGCCUCCUCCCAGCCUAGAUCCGCCCCGCCCGCAGUCUCUCCUCCCCUUCCUCCCCGCGGCCCCUCUGCCCCAUAGGUGCUUGGGGACCCACCUUCUCCCCGGCUGCGGCCGGCCACCCUCUCCAGGCCCGGUCUCGGGCUCCCCGGGUGGCCGGCGCCCCCCGCCGCCGCCCCCGCCUGCUCCCGGGGAGGGGGUCAGGUGGGCGGGCACUAUUGUUGUAGGAGCCGGCGCCAGAUUCCUCAGCCGCGCUCGGGGUGGGACCGGCAGGGUUUGGGGGGGUGGGGUGGGGGGAGCGGUGAUUUGAGCUCCGAGCAGCUGGUCUUCGCGGCUCGCUCUCUCCUUCGCGCUCUCUCGCUCUCCGCCGCCGCCCGCAGGGCUGCGGGGCUCGGUGGCAUCUCUCGGGCGCGGCCCGCUGUCCUCGCCCCUGCCUCCGGGCUGCUCCCGCCCCCGGCGCCGCGCGCUCCCCCCAGCCCGGACUCCCCCAUGUAUGACGACUCCUACGUGCCCGGGUUUGAGGACUCGGAGGCGGGUUCAGCCGACUCCUAUACCAGCCGCCCAUCUCUGGACUCAGACGUCUCCCUGGAGGAGGACCGGGAGAGUGCCCGGCGGGAAGUGGAGAGCCAGGCUCAGCAGCAGCUUGAAAGGGCCAAGCACAAACCUGUGGCAUUUGCUGUGAGGACCAAUGUCAGCUACUGUGGCGUACUGGACGAGGAGUGCCCAGUCCAGGGCUCUGGAGUCAACUUUGAGGCCAAAGAUUUUCUGCAUAUUAAAGAGAAGUACAGCAAUGACUGGUGGAUCGGGAGGCUAGUGAAAGAGGGUGGGGACAUUGCCUUCAUCCCCAGCCCCCAGCGCCUGGAGAGCAUCCGGCUCAAGCAGGAGCAGAAGGCCAGGAGAUCUGGGAACCCCUCCAGCCUGAGUGACAUUGGCAACCGACGCUCCCCUCCGCCAUCUCUAGCCAAGCAGAAGCAAAAGCAGGCAGAACACGUUCCCCCAUAUGAUGUGGUGCCCUCCAUGCGGCCUGUGGUGUUGGUGGGACCCUCUCUGAAAGGUUAUGAGGUCACGGACAUGAUGCAGAAGGCUCUGUUCGACUUCCUCAAACAUAGAUUUGAUGGCAGGAUCUCCAUCACCCGCGUCACAGCUGACCUCUCACUGGCAAAGCGAUCUGUGCUCAACAAUCCUGGCAAGAGGACCAUCAUUGAGCGUUCCUCCGCCCGCUCCAGCAUUGCGGAAGUACAGAGUGAGAUCGAGCGCAUAUUCGAGCUGGCAAAAUCGCUGCAGCUGGUAGUGCUGGAUGCCGACACCAUCAACCACCCGGCACAGCUGGCCAAGACCUCCUUGGCCCCCAUCAUCGUUUUUGUCAAAGUAUCCUCACCAAAGGUCCUCCAGCGUCUCAUCCGCUCCCGGGGGAAGUCACAGAUGAAGCACCUGACUGUACAGAUGAUGGCAUAUGACAAGCUGGUUCAGUGCCCACCAGAGUCAUUUGAUGUGAUUCUGGAUGAGAACCAGCUGGAGGAUGCGUGUGAGCACCUGGCCGAAUACCUAGAGGUUUACUGGAGGGCCACCCACCACCCGGCCCCCGGCCCUGGACUUUUGGGCCCUCCCAGUGCCAUCCCCGGACUUCAGAACCAGCAGCUGCUGGGGGAGCGCGGCGAGGAGCACUCGCCGCUGGAGCGGGACAGCUUGAUGCCCUCAGAUGAGGCCAGCGAGAGCUCCCGCCAAGCCUGGACAGGGUCUUCGCAGCGUAGCUCCCGCCACCUGGAGGAGGACUAUGCAGAUGCCUACCAGGACCUGUACCAGCCUCACCGCCAACACACCUCGGGGCUGCCUAGUGCUAACGGGCACGACCCCCAAGACCGGCUCCUAGCCCAGGACUCGGAGCACAACCACAAUGACCGGAACUGGCAGCGCAACCGGCCCUGGCCCAAGGACAGCUACUGACAGCCUCCUGCCGCCCUACCCUGGCAGGCACAGGCACAGCUGGCUGGGGUGCCCACUCCAGGCAGGUUGGAGUUAGACUGGCGUUAGGCUGGCACUAGGCUCAGCCCCCACAACCCCCUGCCCGGCCCCAGCUCCAGGGCUGCCUGUGGUCCCAAGGUUCUGGGAGAAGCAGGGAGCCAGCCCCCUUACCUCCUGGGCACAGUGACCCCCGUAGGCUCCCAUUCCAGGUACUAGCUGCGUGUGCUGCACCCCCGGCACCUUCCUCUCCUGCACAAGAAGCUGCCCCACCGGCAGUGCCCUCAGGCCAGGAUCCCCUUAGCAGGGGCCUUCCCACCAGACUCAGGGAAGGGAUGCCCCCUCAGAGUGACAAGAGGGUGGGUGUGGGCAGCAUGGCAUGAGGAAGAAACGAGGCCCCUGACCAGGCCCAGGUCCCGACAGUCAAGGCACUCAGGGGUUGUGCUUGGGGUCCGAGGUCCUCCACUCGCCUCACUGCCACACAUUAGAAGUGAGACAAUCAGAGCCCGACAGGGUGGCACUCCCGUCCAUCAGCUGGAGUGGGGCAUCCAGACACAAGGCUGGAGCAGCAGGCAGGCUAGGUCGGGGCCAGAGGCCUCACAGCCGAAGCUCCUGCAGGGAAGGGUUCUCCUCGCCUGUCGGGAAAGCUUCUCAACAUGUGACGGGACCAGAGACCAGGAACACGGUCACCCCGAAUGGCAGACAGGAGCCAACCUGGACUGGGGGGUUGGGAAGGGAGAGUGUGUAUAGCAGAGGACGUAUGGAACAGCUACAGGGGCCUCCUCGCCCCGCUCAUUUUUUGCUCUUGCCUCCUGGCAUUUCUGUUCUUGGCCCUCAUGCCUCCUGGGGAACGUGGCCCCGACUUUAUUUGCUGAUUCAUAGCUGCUGCUUGUUAAGUUAGGGUUAGGUGGGGAGAGAUAGGACACAGUGGACAGCCCCCAGCGGCCCUGUCUACCCGACUACCCUUGCCUUAUGGCUCUAACGUGUGACCUACAGAGCAUGUUCCACAAGACCCCCACCUCACUGUCAUCUCUAAUAAACACCAUGCACAGUC